AAUUUUUAAUCUCUUAAUACAAAGAUAAGUUACUUACACAUUGUGCAUAAUGUACAUUCGCCUAAUGUUACUGUGUGGACUAUACAAUUGUACUUACGAUAUGUCUCUUGAAAUCAUUAACAUAAUGGAUUCAAUUGCUCCAAUCCUUCAUACAAAGCUAUUUUUGGUGACUGCUCUCAUCACAGUGAUUUAUAUGUAUUUCAAGUUUGUCAUUUACGGUUAUUGGAAAAGGAGAGGGAUUCCACAUGCCCCUCCCAUAAUACCUGUUGGAAAUGCUUUUCCACUCAUCUCCGGAAAAGUAUCAAUAGGAAAUUUAAUGAGACAGAAAUAUAACGAGGGUAAAAAAUACCCUGUAUAUGGCAUCUACAUGUUCCAUAAACCUAUAUUACUCAUCAACGAUCCCAAUGUGAUUCAAUUGAUUUUGAUAAAGGAAUUUAACAAAUUUUGUAAUCGCGGUCUGUACUUCAACGAUAAAGUGGACACACUUUCUCUGAAUUUAUUUUUUCUGCCAGGAGAACGAUGGAGACAAUUAAGAACCAAGUUAACUCCUACAUUCACAUCUGGUAAAUUGAAGCAAAUGUAUCCCUUACUUCUGGAAAUCGGCGACAAUUUAAUACGAGUAUGCGAUCAAAUCAUCAAAAAAGACAACAUUGUCGAAUUUAAAGAUUUGAUUGGAAGAUAUACAACUGAUAGUAUUUCUUCAAUAGCAUUUGGAGUUGAUUGUCAAAGUUUAGAUAAUGGCUCCAGCGAGUUCCAAAAGCAUGGAAUUAUGGUUUUUGAUCUACCUCCUAGUAAAAUUGCAUCAGCAGUUUUUGCUCCAAUUAUUCUAGAUAUAUUUAGAAUUCCUGUAUUCAACAAUACAAUUACUCAAUUCUUUGUGAAAACGUUUAAUGAUGUAUUAGAAGAAAGACGUCGCAAUAAAAUAACAAGAAAAGACUUUUUAAAUUCAUUAAUGCAACUAUUGGACAAGGGUUCGCUAGACGAAGACAAAGAUUUAAAACAAAAAGAUAAUAAUAAUAGUGCAAAUGGUUCAGCGUUGGGAAAAAUCAGUCUGUCAGAAGCAAUAGGCCAAGCAUUUAUUUUUUAUUUGGCUGGGUUUGAAACAACUUCAUCAACAAUAACUUAUUGUUUGUACGAAUUGGCAUUAAACCCAGAAAUUCAAGAAAAGGUACAGGCAGAAAUAGAUGAAUUCUCUAAAAGGGAUGGAGGAAUAACGUAUGAAAUAAUGUCAAAUGAUAUGAAAUACCUCCACAUGGUUUUCUUAGAAACAUUAAGAAAACACCCAUCAAUACCAUUUUUAAACCGCGAGUGUAUUGAAGAUUGUGAUAUUCCAAAUACCAAUUUUCGUAUUGAAAAGGGAACAAAAUUAUUAAUAUGUAUGAAUGCUAUGCAUCGAGAUCCAGACAUAUUUCCAGAUCCAGAGAAAUUCGAUCCUUUUCGAUUCACCAAAGAAAACAUUGCUUCAAGACAACCCUACACAUAUUUGCCAUUCGGAGAUGGACCGCGAGCUUGCAUUGGAAUCCGUUUUGGAAUGUUACAAACCAAGAUAGCACUAAUUGGUUUACUCUCCAAUUACAAUUUUUCAGUGUGCGAAAAAACAUCUAUUCCAGUAAUGUAUGCAAGAAGAUCUUUUACUCAAACUCCAGAAUAUGGCAUAUAUUUAAAAACGGAGAAAAGAAACAAAUCUACUUUCCUGUACAAGAACAGACAAUAGAAAAAAAAACGGUGUGCGUCUCUGAACGCCCGGCAGAAGUGAUAACUUAAAUUGAUUCAGGUACAAAUCAUUUAAAUUCGAACUUAUUUGGCGUAUGAAAUAGUAUAUUGUGUACCAAGGGUGUAAAGUGGACUUUUGUAGACCGAGUGUGUAGAUUGCAGUACGGUCCGCAAACGAGUACUGCAAUAUCCACACGAGGUCAAAAAGCCUGCUUAAGGCCGGUCUGAUUAAGAGCCGGUCCUGCCACAUACCGAGAGAGCCAUGCGGCGCAGUAGUUAUAAUACAAGUUGACUAUUUUAUGGGGUCCAUCAGGAAGACUACAAAUACGAGGAACGCACAGCUUGCAUCUCAUAGUUCUUUUCACUACAGGCAGCAUCUAUACAUGUCACGAGCGCAGCUUUUCAGACUCUACGGGUGGGGAUA